AUGGCUAGCCUCGAUCCCCCCAGUACGCUCAAGCCGGCUCAGGUCGCGGUCGGCAUGAUCGAGAGUGGCGUCAUCAAGCAUAAUACGCGGGCCGAUCUCGUGUUCUUCAAAUCGUUCGCAGCAGGAGCCAUGCUCUCGUUCGGGGGGCUGCUCUUCGAGAUCGUGAACGGCGGCUCUCCCGGGCUGACGGCAUCGAACCCGGGCCUUGUCAAGCUGCUCGCUGGCGCUGUCUUCCCCGUCGGCCUUAUCAUGAUCGUGCUUCAAGGGCAGGAGCUGCUGACGAGUAACAUGAUGAUCUUCCCCAUGGCGUGCAUCCGAGGCGCCGUGCCGUGGUGGGGGUUGCUAUUGAACUGGAUCAACGUCACAUUCGGCAACCUCUGCGGGAGCCUGUUCUUUGCUGGGGUCCUCACUAAAGCCACUGGUGUGAUUUCGACGGCACCUUACAACACCGCUGUCGUCAACUUCGCUAUUCACAAGGCGGUCGAACCUGCAUGGCACCAAAUAUUCCUGCGCGGCAUUGGGUGCAACUGGCUCGUCUCGGUAGCCGUCUGGCAAGCAGCUGGCGCUCGUGACACCGUCUCGAAGAUCGUGGCUAUUUGGAUCCCCAUUAUGAUUUUUGUGGCGUGCGGAUAUGACCACGUCGUGGCAAACAUGUUCUCCGUCCCGCUUGGUAUCAUGUUCGGCGCGGAUCUGUCAGUUGCUGAAUACAUCCGCAAGUCAUUUAUCGCCUCGUAUCUGGGCAACAUUGUGGGGGCGCUUCUCGUCGCGCUACCUGCCAUUUACUUCUACGCGCCUGACUACCGCGUGGGAGGCCUCCGGGACGCUGAAGCGGGAGAGGUCAUUAAUGCAGGUACCAGCUGCGAAGACGAUAGCAGCAAGAGGUCUCAGUGA